GGCGGCUCACCUACCCUGCUUUCUGCAUUCUUCUCUCCACAUCCCUCUCUGUACUUACAGCCCCCAAUGGCCCCCAAAAAGCCAGAGCCCAAGAAGGAUGAUGCCAAGGCAGCCCCCAAGGCAGCUCCAGCUCCCGCACCUCCCCCUGAGCCUGAGCGCCCUAAGGAGGUCGAGUUUGAUGCUUCCAAGAUCAAGAUCGAGUUCACACCUGAGCAGAUUGAAGAGUUCAAGGAAGCCUUCAUGCUGUUCGACCGCACACCCAAGUGUGAGAUGAAGAUCACCUACGGGCAGUGUGGGGAUGUCCUGCGGGCGCUGGGCCAGAACCCCACACAGGCAGAAGUGCUCCGUGUCCUGGGGAAGCCAAGACAGGAAGAGCUCAAUACCAAGAUGAUGGACUUUGAAACUUUCCUGCCUAUGCUCCAGCACAUUUCCAAGAACAAGGACACGGGCACCUAUGAGGACUUCGUGGAGGGGCUGCGGGUCUUCGACAAGGAGGGCAAUGGCACUGUCAUGGGUGCUGAGCUUCGCCACGUGCUGGCCACGCUGGGUGAGAGGCUGACAGAAGACGAAGUGGAGAAGUUGAUGGCUGGGCAAGAGGACUCCAAUGGCUGCAUCAACUAUGAAGCAUUUGUGAAGCACAUCAUGUCCAGCUAAACCUCGUGCCCAGGAAGCCCAGGGAAGGCUGUGCAGGGACGUCUCAUCUCCCAUGUGUGAUGCUGACACCAGCGGCCUGGAGUCGUGGGAAGGACGGGAGCCUUACCAAGACUCCUGCAAAAACCCUUGGACCUCUCCGCGUGGUUGCCAUCUCUGGCCCCUCUCAGGCUGUGCUUACCUGUGACAGCAGCUCUGUCCCCACCCCAUGGGCCUCAUGAAUAAAUGGCUUCUUGCCGGC